UACUGACACACACGUCCUCUUCCGGGUGUUUUUGAAAAGACUUUAACUGAGCUGUGGAGGGAUUCGCUGUGUAUCGAAUGAUACACACACAGCAACUCGAACUCAAGCAAAGAUCAUUUUUAUGAAACGAGCUGUGCAACAGGAAAGAGAACAGUUGUAAUCUGUGUGCAGGAAUGUCAGAAGCUAGUUUUGACUCGGAAAAGAAUGCUUCACAGGAUAAUCAAUCGGACCCUAAAGAACAGCAGGGCCUCCAAAAUACUGCUGAAUCUCUGAGCCAAUCAGAGGCCAGAAAAAACAGCCUGGAUGAAACGUGCAUGACUGAAAUUGACAUCAGUGAGAACAAGGAAGUUGGAAACCACAAUAAUACUCUUAGUAAGGAUGGUGAUGAAGAUGAGGAUUCUCAGGCCCACAGUAAAACUAGUGGAAUCAUUGAGGAUAAUCGUGAUUCUGAAACAACGAGCAGUGUGGCGACAGAAGCUGAAGUGAAGGUGGCUAUGGCAGAGGAGGCCCACAGAAGCCCAGCUGCUCAAAUCUCAGUCACCAGAAACGGAGAAGCAGACAAAAGUCACGAGGAAGUGUUUCAGAGGGAUGUUCCACAUAAUAUCUCCUCUGGACCAAUCAUGUCACACUCCCACAAUUCAAAUGAAAACUAUGCAAUGACUGAGGGAGUGGUCCAAGUGGGUCCAUUCACAGAGUCGCCAUUCCAGGCCACCACACCUACAGUUGUCCCCAGUCCUGCAGCAGCCAGCCGGCUAGCUCGCAGCAUCAGCGAUAGUCAGGUGGAGACACACAAAGGUGAUUUGAGAGAGCAGCAGAUGGGAGGAGCAGUGGUCCUUGCCGAUGACAUGAAGAGUCCUGCCAUAGAGAAACUGGAGCUGGUGAGGAAGUGGAGCAUCAACACUUACAAAUGCACUAAGCAAAUUCUGUCAGAGAAGUUAGGUCGCGGCUCCCGUACGGUUGAUCUGGAGCUGGAGGCUCAGAUUGAGGUUCUUCGUGAAAACAAACGCAAGUACGAGCAUGUUGUGAAACUGGCGCAGACGCUGUGCGCUCAGCUGGCGCAGAUGCUGCAGACGCAACGACAGCUAGGUGAUGCGUUCGCUGACCUUAGUCUCAAGACACCCGAACUACAUGAGGAAUUUGGCUACAAUGCUGAAACCCAAAAACUCCUGGCGAAAAAUGGAGAAACCCUGUUAGGAGCUAUCAACUUCUUCAUCGCCAGUGUUAAAACUCUAGUGGACAAAACUAUAGAGGACACCUUGAUCAACAUUAAGCAAUAUGAAGCAGCAAGGAUUGAAUAUGAUGCGUAUCGCACAGAUUUAGAGGAGCUCAAUCUGGGUCCACGGGACGCCAACACACUCCCCAAGAUUGAGCUGUCUCAGCAACAGUUCCAGAUCCACCGUGAAAAAUAUGAAAAGAUGCGCAAUGACGUCUCGGUCAAACUUAAGUUUCUGGAGGAAAACAAGGUGAAGGUUUUACACAACCAGCUGAUUCUCUUCCAUAACGCCAUCGCAGCGUACUUCGCAGGCAACCAACAGCAGCUGGAACAAACCCUUAAACAGUUCCACAUCAAACUAAAGUUACCAGGAGGAGAAACCCCCUCUUGGCUGGAGGAGCACUGAUUGAGUCAGCAUUCCUGAAAUAUGUGCACUCCUAAAGGAAACCAAAUCCAAAAAAAAAAAAAGCAAAAAUGUUUCUAUCACUCCUUUCCCUUUUUACUCCUUUCAGGACACUAAAUCCUGUCAAUAAAUGUUUAAGACAGGAAAUUGUUUGAUAAAAGAGAGAAAUAUUUAGCCCCUCUCUUUAUCCUUGUAAUGUCUGACUUUACACUUGAAUAUUAGUUUUUAAAAUAAAUGCUUUUUCUUUUGUCAGAGAGUUUGCACUCUCUUGCACAACAACAACAACAACAAAACAAUCUUGUUGUUUUUGAAUCAAGUUACCAGCACUUUAUGGUAUACAAAAAUACAGACAAUUUAACAGGAAGCCGAAAGAAAUGAAGCACCAUGUGAAUGUUGUAAAGCCUUUAAAGUAGUUUUUCCACAAAGAUGAUUCAAAAUCAAAUCGAUCUUGGAAUAAAACCGUUACCAGUCUGAGACAUAAUUCUAGACCUCACUUGUGUCCACCUCUCCUAACUCUUAUGUAACUGCAUUGUUAUAUUGUCAUCAAGUGCAAUGGCAUAAAUUUCUACACUGCCGCCUUCAAGGGCACGUUCAACUGAAAGGUUGGCCAUUUUAGUACAAACUUGAAGUUUUGCUAUGAUGCAUUUACUGUUCUCACAAUUAAAAUAAAAAGGGCAGGAUAAUAGGAUGUUAUAAAUGCUCAAUCUUUGGCUUUUUAUCUUUAAAGUUUACUAAAAUUUGUAUAGGGAAACUUUUGUAGAUUCCAUGGUGAGGGGAUGGGGCUUCAUUUCUGACUUGAUGUGCCUUGCUCUUUAUCAAUCAUCAAUUUUAAGCAUCUUCAGUGUUGUCAGGAGUUGUGGAAAACAAAUGUACUCCCAUUGCUAUCCUACAGACUAUAUAAUGGACCAAUAAACACAGCCAUAUGUGCAGCCCUGGAUAAUCACAUAUGCGUACACGUA